UCUCUCUGCUUACUUUGGGCUGUUUCUUCGGUUGCGCUGCCUUAUCUGUCGCUGUUUCUGGUGUUUGAGAGUUCGCGUUGCACGUAUUUGAUACCCAGAGUGUGGUCUCCAUUCGACAAUGGGCGGAUUCACCCGCCACAGGGCGCCGAUGGCGUUGCUGCUGCUCAUACUGGCGCCAAGAGUGAUUUCGGCACAGAGCAGCGAUGUUGCGACGUUUUUUUUCCCGACGCCUACGGGAACGGCGAGCCCAUCGUCGACGGCGAGUAGUGAGCCGAAGGUGAUCGAUGUUACGGUCAACAAGGGGAGCACGCAUCGGUUCGAUCCAGAAGAUAUCCAGGCAAAUGUUGGGGAUGUGAUUUCCUUCCAUUUUUAUCCGACGAAUCACUCGGUUGUGAAGGCGGAGUAUGGAUAUCCUUGUGUGCCGUAUGACUACGUAGAACCUGUGUCGAAGGAUAUGUUUUUCUCUGGGAAUCGGCCGAUGCAGGCGGCGGAUCCGGUCCAAGUAUGGAACCUUACUUUGAACUCGACCGCGCCGGUCUUUUUCUACUGCUCUGCGCUGGAGUCGUGUAAUAAGCAAGGCAUGCUUGGGGUUAUCAACUCGAAUAAAACAAUGACUCUAGAUCAUCAGAGACAGCUAGCACUGGAGCCGGACACCGUCCAACUGAGCCCCGGCGACCCAAUUCCAGCAGAAGCCUCAGCCACAAUUGUACACUCUACACCCACAGCUGCUCCCACAAGUGCCACCAGCGCACCAGCACCGCUUCAAACAGCAGAGCCCUCCGACCACCACCAUAGUGGACUAUCAGGCGGCGCCAUUGCCGGAAUCGCCGUGGCAGCCGUGGCCGCAAUACUAAUAUGCGGCCUCCUAUUUUUCUACAUGGGCCGCACGAAAUCCCUAAAGGACGUCCUGAAGCGGAAUUCCGCCACUAUCCCGAUGAGCAAUGCACCGCAGGACCCGAACUUCCCUGGAUAUGGAUACAUGCCGCAGCAGCAGCACGACUACAGGCAGAGCAACCUCCCGCCGUAUGGAAGCCCGUAUACUGGGCCGCCUUCUGAAGCUCCGGGGAGUCCGGGGUUCACUGCGGCUGAGUAUGAACGGCGGGAGAUGGCUUCGCCGACGCCUGAAGAACAAGCUCACAAGGCCGCAUUAGCAAGUCAUAGAGUCCAACAAGAUGGCCCGGCGGAAUUGGCGUCGGAGCCGGUUCCUGAGAAACGAGCGGACCCUUGAGAUUGAUAUACCCUUUCGUCCGAUCUCUCUUUUGACUUGUUCUACGGCACCGGCGUUGGGGUCACGCAUUGACAUGGGGAAUAAAGGGAUCUGAGGAGAGUCGGCUGUGAUACCAGAAAAACCCCAGAUUUCCUAUGGGGAUGCGAUAUUGGUGUGGUGAUGGCCUUCUUGGAGCUCAUCGUCCACUUGGAGCUCGUCUCCGACUGGAAGAUGUUCCACGAUUCAAGCUUUCACGGAGGUUGACUUGAGGCUCGAAAGAAAAGGGCGUCAAAUCAGGGAUCCUCUAUUCAUGUUUACGUCGAUCUUUCUGGUUUCAACCCGGCACCCCCGCGCUGAUGAAGCCUGGGCUGCAGGUGUCACGAUCGACAUGGCAUUCACAAUGCCACUUACUCUAUCAGGACUACCACUGUCGGUGGCCCGUAUAUAUACAUAAUGCUAUAGUGUGUACAUUCAC